CAGAGCUUUUGACAACGACUUGUUUAAUUCAACCUAUGACCUGAACCUGACCAAAACGGACCUUGUUGACCUUCUCAGUGUAGCUACAAAAGGACAACUCUUCCAGUAUAAUGGAGCACUUUACGAACAGACGGAUGGCGUGGCCAUGGGUUCCCCCCUUGGUCCCCUGCUAGCUAAUGUGUUCAUGUCUUCAAUUGAAGAAAACCUCGAGCGAGAGGGUAAACUUCCUUCCUUCUAUCGAAGGUACGUUGAUGAUACACUUACUAUCAUGCCAAAUAUCGCAACAGCAUCUAACUUCCUGGACACUUUUAACAAGGCACACUCUUCCGUAAAAUUUACGAUGGAAACUGAAUGCAAUGGCAUGCUCCCUUUUUUGGGCAUCCAGUUACUGAACCGAUCGCCCCAAAUAGAGACAAAGGUGUACGUAAAACCCACGAAUUCAAGUCUCCUCUUACAUUACCAAAGUCACGUUGACAAUCGGUACAAACAGGGUUUACUCCGAACUAUGCUGGGCCGAGCACAUCGUUUAUCUUCUUCUUGGUCACACUUCUCAGACGAAAGUGACCGAUUGAAGACAGUAUUCUCGCGUUUAAAGUACCCCAAACACCUCAUCGACUCUGCCACCAAAAAUUUCGUCGACUCAAAGGUUUGUGACCAGCAGCGACCAUUAUUACCAACCAAAGAGACGGAUGACACAAUUCGAGUGGUUCUACCAUUUAAAGACCAAACCUCAGAAAAUUUUGUGAAAGGACAACUCAAGGAUCUGAGCCUAAAAGUGAACACCAACAUCCAGCCCGUAUUUGUCAGCCGAAAAAUUGAUCAAGAACUGAAUGUGAAAGAAGCAAAGCCAUCGAUCGUAAAUGAACAGUGUGUUGUUUAUAAAUACCAAUGUGACCUGUGCGGUGCAGGUUAUAUAGGAUACACACGCGGACAUUUACACAAUCGUGUAAAAGGACAUAAACAACAGUCCUCAGCCAUUGCCAAACAUUGCAAGAACGUACACGGGACGAUCCCUCAGGACCUACUGAAAUGCUUCGAAGUUCUUAAGAAGUGCAGGAACAAAUUUGACUGCUUAUUGUAUGAAAUGCUUCAUAUAAGAACUUUAAAGCCAAACCUGAACGUGCAAUCGGACUCUAUUCGUGCGAAAGUAUUUGUAUAAUCUUCGCACCUAUUAUGUUAAUUUUUCGCGCCACAUCGCUUAAAUACUGUUAUUUGCAUGUUUUAAACUUUUACCUUGAUAAUGGAGUCAUGACUACUCCGAAA